AUGACGUUCAUGAUGCGGAAGCAACCCCGCUAUGAGGAAGAACAGUUCCACGUACUGCAGGAAGAGCAGACUAGCGUUGAAGAGGAACUUGUCCGUCGUGACGAGAACAGUUCUGCGCACUCCAAGAAGAGCAAACAUGCCAUGAAAAAGAAAAUACGAGCCGCCAUGGUAGCGCGAUGGAUUAAACAACUCCAAGAAUUUCAGUUUGAAGUAGAACAUUGUGGGAGCCACGAUGGCCUAAAACCACAGCAAUGCCGAGACUCUAUACGAAUAUAUAAGACCAUGCGAGGAAAGUUGCAAGAUGGAGUAUUACUCGUAUAUCACAAAUGGGAAAUUACACCUGAAAAUGAUAGCCAUCUUCAACUAGUUGUACCUAAAAUUAACCUAGGUACAAAGAGG